UGCAGCCGAGCAAAAGAUGUAACGAUGCCAGCAAAACUUCCAGUGAAUUUCUUCUCCGCAAGAUCUCCAGUCAUUGAUCUUUUUCGGGGACAGUUAGACUAUGCAGAUCACCUUCGUCAGGAUUCAGAAAUUGUGCUGUACUUCUUCUAUGCGCCGUGGUGUGGCCAGUCCAUUGCAGCAAGAGAAGAAAUAGAACGUGUGGCCAGCAGAUUGUCAGACCAGGUGCUGUUUGUGGCUGUAAAUUGCUGGUGGAACCAGGGGAAAUGCAGGAAGCAGAAGCAUUUCUUUUAUUUUCCUGUGAUACACUUGUACCAUCGGAGUUUUGGACCAAUUGAAUACAAAGGCCCAAUGAGUGCUGUUUAUAUUGAAAAGUUUGUUCGCCGGGUGAUGACACCACUACUCUACAUCUCGUCUCGAUCAAAAUUACUAGAUUUCCUCUCAAAUUAUGAGCCUGGCGUUCUGGGAUAUUUUGAGUUCAAUGCUUCACCUCAACCACCUGGUUAUUUAACAUUCUUCACAUCAGCACUGCAUUCAUUAAAGAAAGAUUACCUUGGAACAAUACGCUUUGGAGUGAUCACAGAUAAACAUGUUGCAGAGGAGAUCUCAUUGGUGCAUUCAGGCAGCGUGUACUUGCACAGACAUGUCAACACAUCUCUUAUCUAUCCAAAUGACAUCAUGAACUAUACUGCUGAGAACAUUUGCAAGUGGGCUCUAGAAAAUCGAGAGAUGCUCAUACGCUGGCUGAGACCACAUGGUGGAAAAAGCCUUCUUCUAAACAAUGAGCUGAAGAAAGGACCAGCACUUCUUAUAUUUAUACCUUACAAUCCCUUAGCAGAAAUUCAUCCUCUUUUAGAUGAAAUUACCAAAGUGGCCUUGGAAUACCACAACUGUAAUAAAAGCCAGGCAGCUGAGCCAGAUCUUCAACACUUAGGAGACACUGAUUCACCAGCUUUUGAUUCCUCUGUACCAGAUGCACAUAUGAAAUUACCAGAAACAUUUUCAAUAACCAAGUCCCCAUGCUGUAACACAGUGGUGCUUCCACAGUGGCAUUCAAUAUCUAGAACUCACAAUGUCUGUGAGCUUUGCAUUAACCAGACACUCGGUGUCAAACCAAAUAAAGUCCAUGUGCCACACUGUAACUUUUUUGAGAUAGAAGCAGCUUUGGACUCUUUCUACCUCCAGGAGCAUACCUUUUUUCAAGUUAUAUCAAAUACCAUAGAAUGCAGCAAUUUUUUAAGUUUCUAUAGUCCCUUUAGCUAUUACACUGCAUGUUGCAGGACAGUAAACAGGCAUUUUUUAAGUUUCAUUAGUUCUGAGAAGACCAUCUUUCAGACCCCAAAAGUAACAUUUUCUUCCCAUGGGAAGAAAGAUGACACCCAACGUUCUAUUCCUCACAUUGAGGAUAGGAAUUGGUUUAUUCCUGACCUUCAUAGUAGUGGCACUAACUUUACUGGUCUGAGCUGCAGGACCAACAAAACCUUGAAUCUCUAUCUACUGGAUUCAAAUCUUUUUUGGAUAUAUGCGGAGAGGCUAGGAGCAUCGAGAUCUACUCAUCUUAAGGAAUUUGCUGCCAUUGUUGAUCUGAAAGAAGAAGUGCACUAUGUCCUGGAUCAAAAUCAGUCACUUGUUGGAUCUGCCCUGGAGAACUUCAUAAAAAAUUUCAGUAUUCUCUACAGUCCCUUGAAAAGGCAUCUUGUUGAUGACUCUUCAGUCCAUCUUCGUGACCAGCAUGUAAUCACUGAAGUGACUACUAACACCUUCCAUCAGACAGUGUUUUUGAGUGAAAAGAAUGUCUUGCUGCUCUAUUACGCACAGUGGUGUGGAUUCUGUGCUUCUCUUAAUCACAUCUUUAUUCAACUUGCUCGGCUCCUGCCUCCAGAUAAUUUCAUUGUGGCAAGAAUUGAUAUCACUCGAAAUGACCUUCCAUGGGAAUUUAUGACAGACCGUCUUCCAACCAUUUUAUUUUUUCCUCAUCGGAGGUAA